AUGGGCGCAGCGCUCAACCCGGAUGGCGGCGCGUCUCCAGAGGCAGCGCCAGGCGACACCAGACCAGCCGAGGUGGCAAUCGUUGCCGAUGACGACCAGGAUUCCUCGAUCGGCGAGGAAGACUUGGACAAUGAGCUUUCGGUAGCGUCGCUGAGGUCUAGUAUCCUUAGCUACCAGAUGGAGAAUGGGUUUGGCUACCAUGGCCUGAACAAAGGAAGAAAGCAGUACUUUGCCCCGGGAGCAGACACCGCCAAGCGUGUCAUGGAUGCCGGUACUGGAACGGGAAUUUGGGCCAUUGACUUCGCCGAUUCUCAUCCCCAAGCCGAGGUCGUCGGUGUCGACGUUGCACCCAUCCAGCCAUCAUUUGUGCCUCCCAACUGCCGAUUCGAGAUUGACGACCUCGACAAGGAGUGGACUUGGGCAUUCAAGUGGGACUACAUAUUCACUCGAACCAUGAAUGCGGCCUUCGCAGAUUGGGAGGUCUACUGUAAGAAAGUAUUCGACAACUUGGAGCCUGGAGGCUGGCUAGAGAUCAUUGACGCCAUGUAUCCCAUCUCCUGCGACGACGGAACCCUCAAGCCCGACUCUUCUCUCCAGCAAUGGAACGAUCUCCUCAUCAAGGGCGCUGAAGCGCUCGGCCGUCCCAUCACCGAGCCUCAGCACCACAAACAGCGUGUGCUCGAUGCUGGCUUCGUCAACGUCGAGGAAAAAAGAUAUUGCUGGCCGACGAACCGGUGGCCCAAAGACAAGAACCUCAAGGAGGUCGGGUUGUGGACGCUGGCUAAUGUGGAAGGCAAUCUCGAGCAUGUGAGCAUGGCUCUCCUUGCGCGGGGAGCGGGCAUGUCCCGGGAAGAGGUUUUAUCCUUUCUGGCUGGGGUGAGAAAGGACUUACGGGAUACCAAGAUCCACGCGUACUGGUCUAUCACUGUGGUGUAUGGUCAAAAGCCAACGACAACCUCUGAGGGUUCCUGA